ACGGAAGUGGUCAAACUUUAAAACGGAAGUCGACGAAUUUCUCAACAUUUGACUUCCUGGUGUUUUUUGUGCGCUUUCUCUAUCUUUGCAGUCGACAGUAACGUAUGACACGGACAAACUAGUCACCGUGAGGAGGAAGUUCCUUGCACUGGGCAGAAGCUUCUCAUAGAAAACGUUUGUCCCGGAGUGACCUCCAUCAGUUUCCACCGUGCGUCUGUGGCUGUGCUGACAUCAGACAGACAGGAAGGCACGCGGCGAGUGGCGGCUCAACCGAAACAGGAAACUGCUACAGCGGCGUUGUCACUGGCCUGGGAAUGACUGAAUUCUGGGUUUGUUUCAGCUGCUGUAUUGCGGAGCAGCCACAGCCUAAACGUCGGCGGCGGAUUGACCGCUCCAUGAUCGGCGAGCCAACAAACUUCGUUCAUACCACGCACGUCGGCUCGGGUGACAUGGGCCUGGGAUUGCCGUCGGUGGAUCUGGUUCAGGCCCAGAUGAAGUCCAAAGGCGGCUACGUACACGGCGGCUCUGAAGGCUCACAAUUAUGAGCCCUUCAAGUGUGGCAGAAACUACUACUGUUGUUUAUAGGAGGAAGCAGUUCAGUCUUUCACAGACGCCGUACCAAAAGAGAAAAGUACUGCUUUUCCAUAAUGUUGUAUAUAUUUUUUAUUUUUCAUUCCUUAAUUUUUUUUAAUGAAAGCACUGCUAUCCAUUUGCUGCCAUGCUGUUGCACUGUAAAGAUUACCAGUUAAAAAAUAGAGAGGAGGUAGAGGAGGCUUAAUUGAGGAUGCUCAUCGUCGUCGUCAGACGUAUGCUUGUGCGUGUCUGUGAGCGCGGGUGUGUGUGUGUGUGUGUGUGUGUAAAAAUGAGGAAAACUCUGUCACUCUCGUCGCCCACAUGGAUGCCUGUAUUUAUUAUCGCAUUUGCAAACGGACCUCACGGUGGCUGGGCCACGCCAGAGACGUGGAACUGUCUGUUUCUUUUUUUACUUUCUAUCGCUCUCUCAGAGGUUUGACAAAGGACAGGUGGAGGUAGCAAAGCAAGAUGUUGGUUUUUGUUUGUUUCUUUCCGUAUUGAGAGACGUCGUAUGAUCCUCUGAAUCGUCUGCAGGGUUAAUGAUUGCUGUUUUCUACUAAACUUGAAUUGAGUCGCGUACACUGGACCAUACACCAUGUACACUUACGCCUGCUUAGGAAUUACGCUUUUUUUUUAUCUACUCAUAGAUUAAAAUCAUGUAGAAUUUUAAUAAACUAUGAACUUCCUUAUCUGUCGUCAUGUUCUUAUUAUUUCGGGUAUUUUUAAUUUUUUUUUUACGUCUGAGGCUAAUGUUGUUUGAAUAGAUUUUUCUUUUAAAUAUGUUUAUGAGAUCCAGGAAAUAGUGAAAGCUGAAAUGAAGUUGAAAGUGCCCAUACCGCACACAAUUGAGUUGGUCAGGUGCCAUUCAGGUGACAUUGUUCUCCUCCUCCUUUUAGACUUAGUUAACAUUUAGGUUUUUUUGGGUGGGGGGGGCUUGCCUCCACCAGCGUGUUUUUUUAAUUUCCUGUCCUUGUAUUUUUUUUAUUUUUUUUUGUCAGUCGGAUAUUAUAAAAAGAACAUGUGUAGGGGUGGAGCAUGGGCCAAAGGUAGAGGUGUGAUCUCUUAUAGAUAUAUUUUUUCUCUUAAUGACAACAUUAAAGCACAUAAGGUGGGAGAGGGUAUCAAUGAAUUUAUACACUUUUAAGUGCUGAUUAAGAUUAUCUGGCAUUUAUCUGCUCUCUCUGGCGUGCCAUGAUACCAUAUUUCCUCAAAUAGUGUCCCAUGGCCUUAGUGUUUCAUGUGAAGUAAGACAUUGAUUUGAUGUUUUUUUUAAGUGUUUAUUGCUUUUUCAGACCAUGACCCUAAUAUUGAGUUUUAGUUCUUGGCAAAAAAAAUUGCGAAGAAACCCUUGCGUUUCUUCAUUGUUGAACUAUUCAACAGAAAGAAAACGGGCAUCAGUUAUCGAAAAGUCAAAGCUGGAAUUCAUCCUCUGUUUCUGACAAAGUUUUGUGGCUAAGACUGUAGCAUAGCCAGAAUUUAUGCACAAUUCCUGAGCCUGUAUGGUCUCAUUGGGUCUUAAUUAGUUGUGGCUAUUUGCAGUGCUGCUUUUGCAUUUAUGCUGAGGUUUCUCAGCGCCUGUCAGGCUGGUGCAGCUGUUUUGCAUGAACGGAGGAAGCCUAAACAGAUGAGAGGCAAAAUGUCCCCUAAGACAAACCGAGGAAGCCAAUUGCAAACGAUUCAAUGCUCUGAGAAUAUCCAUAAACCUGUUUAUUAGUCUUGAACGACAUGCCGGCCAAACACCAUGUUGCUCACUAAAACUGGCUUCCAUUUUUCCUUGGUUGAAAAUGGGGCAAAGUGGAGAAAAUUGUGAACACAAAAUAUUUUGUCUUCUGCUGUUUGUGGCCUGAAACAAACAAAUCAAUAAAAUAAAAUCAGGGAGGCGCUCACGACCCAGUUAUUGAAGUCCCCUUUGCAACCACAACCAUUUGCAAAUUUCAUCAGAAUGAACAGCCCUGGAUAAAGUGAACAAAAAUAAUUGCGCCACGCCCAAAUGUGCUCCACGAUAGGAAAAGGUUCCCCAUUCAUAGUUUAAGUGGAAGUCACACCCAGCCAUUUCAUUAAUUAGUGGAGGCCACUGUUUGAGGAAAUAUGCUAGUUUUUCUCAGUUAGGCUCAAGCUACUAAAAGCAAUGCAGCCUCAUCACGGACCUAUAUUCAAAUCCGUACUCUUAUUUAUGUCGUCAUCCGAUUCCAGCACAUUUGCUUUGCAUUGAUUGUUGUAGCGUGGCUGCGGGUUCGGUUUCAUUGGCCCGGCCUUCGUGGACGCACCAACGGUAUGAAUGUUAACCACCGUCCACAUUCUGUACGCCAUUGCUAACCGGGAUCUUUUGAAUGCAUGCGCUUUUGUGUAUUGGUAUCUCCUGUGGUUGAACACGUGUCCAUGAGAAUGUAAUUGUACCAUAAAGCCAGCAAAACGUGUCAGUGUCUGUACCAUGCAAUAUAAGAAAAUAUACCAGCCAGAGUCUUUAUACCAUUCUUCAAGAGAUAUGAUUGUCCCCUAGUCACCCCAGGUAAAAACGUAUUUACCGUGAUGGCAAGUAUUUCCAAUGAUGCUUUGCAAGACUUUUUUAAGCGUUUAAACUACCAAUUAUUUCUGUUCAAUAUUUUUGCAUGUGGAAAGUGAUGCAUAUUUGAUUUUCCAAAUCCUAUGCUAAAUUACAAUGGACGGAAAAAGUCUACACAUUUCUGUUGAAAUGCCAUUAAAAAAAAUUAAUGAAUGCAACCUAAACCUGUACAACACAAAUCGGAAACAAAUGAACGCUUUUUGAAUUGUAGCAUGAAACUAAAGAACAGAGUGCAUGCACAUCCUUAUAACGGGGGAUGUGACGGUGUUUACAAAUGAUAAGAAAAGUCUACUUGAACAUAUAAAUUUUAUUUAUGGUGAAACAAAGGUACUUUAAACGCCAGCAGGUGUGUGCUGACUCAAAUUUAACGUUGGAUAUGAAUAUGACUUGUCUAAACACAGCCACAUCGCCCGUUGUAAGAGAGCAUACACAUGUUCCUCUACGUUUUCAGUUGGGUAUUUUUUUUUUUUACUUCCCCUGUUACUAUAUGUUUUAAUUGAAUUCGACAGGUCAUAAGUUAAAUUAAUGUUGGGGAAAGUUUUGAAAUAAUUAUUUCGGUCUCUUUUUUUUUUUUAACAUUACAAAUUGGAAAUUUGUAAUUUUUUCUGUCCACUGUAAAAUGCAACUUUUCAACAACAGGAUGUGCUAGAGGACAAGUUGAAUGUCUCUUCCCCCCCUUUUUUUUCCAUGCUAUAAAUCAACAAUAGGAAAUGUACUUUGUUUUAGUUACAAUAUUGUAUAAAAUCCAGCGUUAGACCAGUGUUUUCCCACAUCGGCACUGUAUGACAUGUUCCUUUCAUUAAGAAAAAAAAAGUCCAUGCUGUCUUUCAUUUGUGCAAUGGGAAAUAAAUGUCUCAUGUUGAUGUUUUACCAA